UAAUACUUGUUAUAAUUAGUUCAUUGGCAAAAUAACUAAUUAAGGUUUUUGCAUGUGUUCUUUUUGUUUAUGAACAUGUUCAUUUCAAUCAAAUUGGGAUGAACUACUUCAUUGCAUGCAAUGUAUCUUGGAGGUUAUGAUAAAGAUAAUAAGGCAGCAAGAGCUUAUGACUUGGCUUCUCUUAAGUACUUGGGAACAACUACGACAACCAACUUUCAUAUAACUAACUAUGAGGAGUUAGAGGAAAUGAAACAUAUGACAGAAAUAUGUCACAUCUCUUUCAAGGUAAUAACAAGUGAAAAGGCCAUGAAUGCAGCACUAUUAUUGUCAAGUGCAACUCAUAAUGUAAACAAAAAACUAGUUCCAUUGAUGUAAUUGUUCAAUUGACGUAACGGCGAAUCUUU